UAGGCUGAUUCACAUAUUCUGCCUCUGCUCUGCGAUUAACUCAUCAUAAGUUCAAGUGUCUUGAAAGACAAUCAAAGACAAUUACAAAUUGUCAACAUCUAAUAAUCUUAUAGAAGGUGAAUUUGUGAAAAAUAUGGAGGCCUGCAUUAUAUACUGAUUAUUGACUGAUAUUAUUGUGUAUUUUAUUCUCUACGAAAAUGUCAACAAGUACUAACGACAUUAAUAGUUCUCCGUCAAAAACGAAGAAACCUGCUGAUAGUGCUUUUAAACAGCAACGAUUACCAGCAUGGCAGCCAAUUCUUACUGCAGGAACAGUAUUGCCGACUUUCUUCGUAAUAGGAAUCGCUUUCAUUCCCGUUGGCAUUGGAUUGUUGUACUUUUCCGACGAAGUUAGAGAGCACACGACUGACUACACAUAUUGCGUUUCGAAUAAUACGCUGCGUGAUUUCGGUGAAAUGUGCACGAAAGUAAUACAGAAAGAUCCAACGCUUGAAUGUUUUUGCGAAAUAAACAUUGAAUUGCCAACAGCCUUUUUUGGUAAUGUUUAUAUGUAUUAUGGCCUUACGAAUUUCUAUCAAAAUCAUCGCCGAUAUGUGAAAUCUCGUGACGACAAUCAACUGCUCGGCGAAGUAAGUGACGUAGUUUCAACUGAUUGCAUUCCAUUUGCUUACGAAGGAUCGAAUACAAAGCCGAUUGUCCCUUGUGGUGCAAUUGCCAAUUCCCUCUUCAGCGAUGAACUUUCGUUACUUCGCAAAAAGGAUAAUGAAACUGUACCAUUAUUGAGGACCGGCAUAGCAUGGCCUUCUGAUAAAAGAAUUAAAUUUCGUAAUCCUGAUGGCAAUCUUUCCGAGAUUUUUAAGGAUAAUCCUAAACCAAAAAAUUGGAGUAAAUUCAUUUAUCAACUUGAUCUUGAAAAUGAAGAUAAUAAUGGUUUUCAAAACGAAGAUCUUAUCGUUUGGAUGAGAACUGCCGCUUUGCCGACAUUUAGAAAACUGUAUCGUCGAAUUGACCAUUCUAAGGCUGGAUUUAGAGAUGGUUUAGUUGAAGGCAAUUAUACGUUGAUAGUCAAAUAUUCAUUUUCAGUGUACGCUUUUGAGGGAUCGAAGAGAAUGAUUUUGAGCACUACCUCUCUGUUAGGGGGUAAAAAUCCCUUCCUUGGUAUCGCUUACAUAGUCGUAGGUUGUAUUUGCUUGGUUAUGGGCUUGGCGCUGCUCAUUAUUCACAUUAAAUGUUCAAAGAGCAAACUAAUCUAAAGAAUGGCAGAGGAAAAAUAAUUAGGUCUAUCUAAUUUUGUCUCUCCAACGAUUUGAUCAACGUAAACAUAAACACCCCCUAUCAUUAAGAACACAAUCGUCAAACGACAUUAAUUUGUUUUAUAAGAUGCAAUUUUAACACCUGUAAAUUUACAGACUUCGAAUUAAGUUUUAAAUUAUUAUUUUAUUUUUAGAAUUUAAGUGUAUAAAAAAGCUAUAAUGUUCUUAUAAAAAUUAAGUAUGUGUUUAAAUCUAGUUAAUAUAUUUUUAUUAUUAAAUUUACAUAUCUUCAAAAAAGAGAAACUGGCUUUAAAUUUCACGUAAGCGCCUUCCUAAGAUUAAGAGUCUAGGUGUGCGUUUAGUUCUAAUUUAAAAAACAUGUCAACGUUUCUAGAACUGCAUAAAUAGUAUUACUAAGCGCUUGGUUAAAAAAUCAGUCAUAUUUAUUGUAUUGUAUUUCUACUACUUCGAAAAUAAUUUUUAAUUCUAUAUUCGAAGAAAAUUGUUUAAUAAUGUCAUAAAUCUUGCACUAUUUUUCUGUAUAUCAUUUUACUUGAUCUUCUAAUGUCUGAAAAAAGGUUUAAUAAGUUUAAAACUCUUUUUUAAAUGUUUUUAAAAUAAAAAGAAAUUAUUAAAAUUUAUUUGCAAAAGUCAACGAUAUUUUUCAUUUGUUUAAAAUUGAUUUUUUAAAACAUUUUUUUACUUAAAAAUUAAUUUGUUCAAAAACGCUACCUAACAUGUUAAAACAAUUUUUUCUAUUGAGGGGACUUUCUGAUAAGAAUCGGUAAAAACACACUUUUUUAAACUCUUAUUGUAAAAAAUGAAUUAUAGUUCUUGCAAAAAGUCCUUUGGGAUAUUGUUACAUAUUACAAGGAGAGAAUUAAAACAUUUUUUUGAGUGUUUUUAUUUAUUUAUAUAUGUGAGAGAACAACUCGUGACCGAAACUAAAAGUUGUAAGUAAUCCCGCUUCGGAACGUUCCACGUUUUUUAUCGGGGCUUGAAGGCGAGAACAGAAUAGCCUACGUGAACGUGUAACGUGCUGACGUCACAAUGUUAUUCAAAUGGGUCACGUGACCACGUUCACGUUAACGUACACGUUUUCAUAGGCAUUCUGUUCUCGCCUUGAGACGUCCCGAUUGAGGGUUCACAUAAGAACAUUCAAAAUUAUCACUCAAGCCUCGCACGGGACGUAUUAGUUCCCGGACUUCUCUCAGUGUACUUUACAUAAAUUAAAAAUUCAAACGGGAUUCUCUUUAUAAGAAUUUUUUCUAGACAACAAAUCUCAAAAACAAUUUUUUUAAUGUUUUACAAUGCAGUAGAUUUCUAGAAAUGUGUUUUCGAGAUAAACGCGUUUAAAGUUUUUGUAACGUAUAUUACAGUAAGUUAAGAAACGGUCAUGAAAAUUGCUUUAACUGUGGUAAAUUUAUUGUGCUGUGUACAUUAGUGCUGCUUAUAUUUUAAAACAAAAAAAUAAAAAUCGAUUUUUUGAAAUCCUUUACCAGAAAGUCCCCUUUAAUGUAAUUUCAGUUUUAAUCGUCAUGUUUAUAUAUAUGUGUGUGUGUUAGUAUGUAUGUAUGUAUUUUCAAAUUAGAUUUACUUAAUAAAAGUUUAUGUAAUUUUA